CCAUCCAUCACAAUCCCUCAAUUUGAAUUUAUCCGUCGGCAACUCAAAGCAAGCUCCAAGAAAACCCCGCACAUGUCCAUGUCAACCAGCUGCGUUUUCUCCGACUAGACUGCAUAACGUGUACGGAGUAAGGGAGGGCCCGCAUCGCCGUUGAUUAAUCGGGCGUGCUCGUUUCCCUAUUCGGUGUCUACAUCCGCCCGGUUGGGUUCUUGGAGAUAUAGGAGAUCAUUAGAUCAGCUGCGCCAAUAUCUCGUACCCCCGUACCCCGUACUUUCCCUUGGUAGUGGCUCCUCCCCCGCCACCAACUCGCCCUUACAACGGGCUCAAACGCUGACAUCUCGCCUCGUAGUCUCACCUAAACAAAGCUAUCCUGCAGCCAAAGCGACCCUGACUGCCUCUUGCUUACCACCCGCAGACCCUAUUCACUGACUCUAUUUGUGCUGUCCCGACCGACUGACCCCGACCUAGCAAACUAACACCUGCCAGUGCCAAAUCUCCCGGACCGCUGGGCUGGGCACCUCUGGGCAUCCCAUCAUCAAGGUGAACUUUAUUACGCUAUCAUCUCCUUUACUACAUUCCUUCCGAGGUACAAAAGGCGAAUUAAAAAGCCUCGUAACCCUCUUCUCCUCAUCCCGUUUCUCUCGUCGUUCACCUUUCUGUUUAUCAACCCCUUUUCGCUUGCUUUCGCAUUCGCACUAUAAUAGACCAGAACCUCUUCCCCAACAUGCAUUUGGACAUAUUAAGAACUCUGCCAGUGGCGGGUCUGGUAGCUUCGGCUGCUGCUGUCAAUAUCCACGUUUCUUCAUACGGUGGACUUCUGACUAGUUACGCGCUGGAAAAGAGUUCCUCGAUCGACACAUGGGACAAGAAGGCUACUGGUUAUACACUCAAGGACUUGGGAUCUAUAAACGGUCCUGGACCCCAGCCAUCUUGGUUAGAAUUGGGUACCGACAAGAAGAUUGUUUAUGCUCUAGAUGAGAACUGGAGUGGUCCAAAUGGAAGUAUCGCUUCUUACAGUAUCACCAAGAACGGCUCUUUACAACUUCUCCAAAAAUAUCAAACUCCUAAUGGACCCGUGGCCACAACCUUAUACAACAAAGGAAAAGGAAUAGCUGUCGCUUUAUAGUAAGUGAUUACCCCGAAUUUGUCAGAAGAAAUUGAACUAACUUUGAGCAGUGGAGGUGCUGCUGUCGGAUCUUACAGCGUCAAGCCUGAUGGUGCACUUGAAAGCCUUGGGAACUUCUUUUUCACGCAGGCGGGCCCCGGACCUGUUGCUGCACGUCAAGAGAAACCUCAUCCUCAUGAAGUAAUUUUGGAUCCUAAUGACAAGUUCAGUAAGUAGCCCAUUUCUGCGUACUUUUGCUACACUUGCCAAAUUAUGUCAAAUCAAUGAAAUUCCCAAAUCAUCUUCCAACAUCGUGAUAAUUUGCUAAACUCAACCUCUCAUCGAGACAAUACUAACAUCUUCACAGUUGUUGCCCCUGAUCUAGGCUCGGAUCUCCUUCGCAUCUUUUCUAUUGAUGCAAAAACUUCCAAGCUCACAGAGCAGGAACCAUUUCCCGUCAAGCCAGGAAGUGGUCCACGCCAUGGAGCUUUCUACGCUGGUCCAGGCUGUAAAAACGGAUCAACCUACUUCUUCCUCGUCAACGAAUUGACCAACACCGUGGAGAGUUACAAUGUAACCUACGGCAAAAGCUUGGACUUCAAAUUGAUCGAGAGUAAGGGCAUCUACGGCAACAUCAGUACUCCAGCCGGAGCAGCAGGUGCAGAAGCUAUCAUAAGCGUACGCUUUUUCCCACUCCCAUUUUGCAAUGCCAAAUACCAUACUGACACAGUCACAGCCUGACCGCAAAUUCCUCCACACCUCUUCUCGUAAUGCCACUAUUCUCAAUGUCGCUCUUACCAACGGGACCGUUGUCAAGUCCGACACUCUCCAGACUUGGUCGAUCGACGCAGCAACAGGAAAACUUAACUUUGUCGCCAACUCUCCAUCUGGAGGCACUACCCCAAGACAGUUCUCUCUCAACAAAGAGGGAACUCUUGCGGGUGUUGGAUCGCAAGGUAGUGGCCGAUUCGUCAUCAUGGAGCGAGAUGUCAAGACUGGUGUCUUUGGCAAGAUCGUUGCCUCCAAAGAAGGUGUGGGAGAGGUCAACAUGGUUAUUUUCCAGGAGUAGAUGUUGGUGCGGUGUAUGUGAUGAUGUUUCUUCAUAAUAUUCGAAUCCUUGUGGGAGUUCUUUUCUUGAUAGAUAUUUAUUGGUGUAUGGGUUUGGAGAAUAAAGGGUUCACGACGGCGUUGUAAAAGCUCACUCCAUUGGAUUGGAUUGGAAAGGCUUCCUUCUGCUUCUUGUAUAUAUUUUGGGGGGUUUUGGAGGAUUG